AUGAGGAAAUGCAUCAUAAAAGAAAGCGAUCCUACAAUUGGGGAUUACUUCGUAUGUACGCGGUGUAAACAUUUUAUGUUGUCAACAGCUACCGCCGAAGCUCAUAAAAAGUGCAAGAAGAUACUGAUCAAAACAUUUGAACCGAAGGAACAAUUAUACCGAUGCUCUUCGUGUGGGCGGUACUUUGAAGAGUUGAGCCCAUGGUUUUCACACGAAAAAUUACACAAGGAGCUUGGAACUUACGAUCCUAGCAAGUUCGUACUUAAAAUAGACGAAAAUAAUUUUGUUGUCAAUUAA